AUGCUUCAACGUGCAUUGUUUAGAGGAAUCGCGCACUUUGCGAAAAUGCUCGUUCCUGAUUCGUGUGUGGAUUAUUUGGCUAUUCUGUGGAACACGACUUUGGAUGAAGGUUGCAGUGUAAGACUUGCUGAUGAUUGUGUGGUUACCUGUUCGCCGCCUGGUUCCCAUUUUCCAGGUACGGAAGAUCGGGUAUUGUGUAUCAGGACCCAGUCGUUUGACACACUUGUUUGCCGUGCGAAGGAGGUCAUUAUGGCUUGCGUAUUGCUUCGAGGUAGCAGCCACCGACCGUUGGGUGAAAAAGGCAGAGAGCAAGGUCUGGAAAAGCAAACUUUGGAUGGACGUGCGGGGAUAAGGUUGGCCGUGCCCCGGAAGGUUGUGGGUACAGUCAUCGGAAAGGGCGGUAGCCAUAUCCAGACACUGAGACAGUCCACGCAGGCCGUGAUCCACAUUUCCCCCCUUUUCGUCACAUCAGAGUACGCCUGCAGCGAACGCGUUAUCUCCAUCUCAGCCAACCUGGGCGAAUUCGAUGCCUUACAGCAAGCCACCUUGACACUACUCAAAAUGGUCAACAAACACCCGGAAAGAGCAAGCUGCCAACGCACGAUAUACAAAAGACACGAAUAG